AUGGCCGCUUUUGAUUCGAAUUCUAUUAGUGCAUUUGUUAAAUGUGUUAAUUUUGCCGCCGUUAAACACAGUUUUCAAAAAAGGAAAAAUGUAGAGCAAACACCUUACAUUAAUCAUCCCAUCGGUGUUGCUUACAUUUUAACAAACGAAGGAAACAUAACCGAUUUAGAUAUUUUACAAGCAGCUCUUCUUCAUGAUACAGUAGAAGACACUGAUACGACCCUUGAAGAAAUUGCUUCAAUUUUUGGUAUUAAAGUUGCCAAUAUAGUAAAAGAAUGUACAGAUGAUAAAAAUCUACCAAAGGAAGAAAGGAAAAAAUUACAAAUAAUAAAUUCAAAAUCAUCAUCAAGGGAAGCUAAACUAGUUAAACUUGCAGAUAAAUUAUAUAAUUUAAGAGAUUUGGAUAGGGAAACUCCUGUCGGAUGGACAUCCGAAAGAGUUUCAGAAUAUUUCAAAUGGGCUUAUGAAGUUGUCAAUGGUUUAAAAGGUACAAAUCAACAAAUUGAAUCUGAAUUAAGCAAAUUAUUCGAGAAACAUAAUAUUAGAUAA